AUGAUUGCUGGAAAAUACGAUAGAAUAAGCUCUCUUCCUGAUGCAAUCCUCGUCGAUAUACUCUCUUUAAUCGCCCUGAAUGAUGCUGUCACCAUGAGCUUUGUAUCGCGGCGAUGGCUGCAUCUAUGGGCUGAAGUCACAACUAUAUAUAUUGUGAUUAAGCAGUCCAAAGGACCCUUUAAGUAUUGGACUACCUCCGCCAAAAAAAUACUGCCAAAGCUCACUUCGCCGCUCAUUCGAAGAUUUUGUCUAGACAUAGAGUGCGGUGUUAACAAGUAUGGGUUGGAACAAAUUGAUUUGUGGUUUAAUCGUGUUUCAGAUCGAUGGAAGAUCGAGGAGAUCAAGGUAUCAACAAAUGGUUACGAGGGUUUAAUCUCUUUUCCCGUGAUAUUCCAAAUACACUCGUUGUUAGUGCUUGAAUUGUAUGGUGAUAUAUCUUUGAAUUUGCCUCUUAAUGUGGUUAAGAUCCCGAAUUUAAAGAAGCUUGCUAUACAAAUCAAUUUUACUCAAACAAAACAGUGCAUGUUUUUCGAAACAUUAAUGAAGUCUUGUCCAUUACUCGAAGACUUGAGUUUACAUUUUUGUGCUAUAAUAUGUAGGACAGGAUAUUUGGUUCCAAAUAAAAUUUCAUUAUUAGGUCCAAAUUUGAAGAAAUUGAAUAUUUCGUUUUCAGGCCAAAAUCUUAUGAAAACUAUUGUAAUUGAUGCUCCUAAUUUGGAGUGCUUAAAAUUGGGUUCUUCUAAUUAUGGUUUGCCAAAUUUUAGCUUUGUCAAUACCCCUACUAUGUUAGUUGAAGCUUAUAUAAGUGGCAAUCUUAGUAAAGGAGAGGUGACAACAAAAUUUUUUAACGCGAUUUCUAGAGUAAGAUCUCUUGGUGUAUGGAGACCUAUGAUAGGAGGUGCAAUGACAACAAUGUUUGUUAAUUUGACUCGUCUUAUAUGUACCAUGCCUUGUUCCGGGAAGGACUCAAAGGCGCUCUUAGGAUUACUCGAAAGAUGUCCUCUACUAGAGACUCUUACCGCUAACUUCACAAGUUCCGGUACAUGGGAAUACAUGUGGCUCCUUUGUUAUCUUGAGGCUCCAAACGUAUUAAUCCGUACCAAGAAGGUAGAGAUGCACUUUAUGUCUUCACUAAUGCUCAACAAUGAUGCUUUGAAUCUAAUAAAGUACUUGCUAACUCGUGCACGCGUAUUGGACCGGUUUAUUAUCAAGAUUACUACUGAUCCAAGUGGUGAGAUCUUAGAAGAAGAAAAAGUGCAGGAAGUUGAAGCUUGUAAGGAGAUAUUUGAUUGGCUAAGAUUUUUAUCAACGGGCUACCAAGUUGAAUUUUGGGGAAGAUAUCUCAGAAUUAUACAAUCUGGUGAAGAAUGCAAGUUUAUAAAGGGACCUAAUGGCUACAUAAUCUGUAAGUGA